AUGCAAAACAUCAUCAUAUUUUUAACUGCACUUAUUUUCGUCGUACAUAUUCAUUGUUUGUUUGGUCUACCAUUGAUUGAUGAUGAUGAACAUGAUGUAAAAAUCAAACGAUCGGAUAGCACAUUACUUCCGAAUGAAAUUUUUUCAUUAGUUACAGAUGAAAAAUUACUGAAAUUAAAAGAACUUGCAGAUAUUGCUCAUGAUUCUAAAUUGCAUGACUUAUAUCGUGCUGUUAAUCAUUAUGUUCAAAUGGCUCGAAAAAAUAAUGAAUAUGUUCUAUGGAAAUAUGACACCAAUCAAGAAGGCCUUGUUCUUACAUUGAAACAAAAUUUAAAUGGAAUUCUCUACUAUGGUUAA